AAAAUUCUCUUCAAAGAACUAGUUCUAUUAUGAAAAGAUGUCAAAGUUCAGAUGUUCUUGAAUCAGAAUCGGAUGAGCCUGAAUAUGAUAGGAAUCUGUGGAAUACACCUGUUGAAGAUGUUGAAGAGCGGGUAAAUAAUAAAGAAAAUUUUAGUGAUAUGUUAGUUGAAGAGCAGGCACAUUAUGAGGAAGAAAUUUUUAGUGAUAUGUCAGUUGAAGAGCGGGCACAUUAUAAGGAAGAAAAUUUUAGUGAUAUGUUAAUUGAAGAAUCUUUAAAAGAUUCUGAUUCACCAUCUAUAAUUGAAGACACAACACAAUUAAUUCUAAAUGAACUUCAAACUAAUUUCGCUAAUAUUUUUAUAGAUAAUUCGAAUGAAGCUUAUUUAAAUACUGAAAAUAUUAGCUCUGACCUUGAAGAUAUCCAGGGAGCAACUAUUGAUGAUGCCUUAGAUAGUAUUGAGGAAAAAAUAAAUCUCAAAAUCUGGCAAAAAAAUAUACAAAAAAUUCUUAAUGAAAAACAAGGAAAGGAAUUUUCUGUGCAUAAU